AUGAAUAACGAGACCGCCGCCACUGCAGUCCAUGAAGCCGAAGAAGAUCAUUGUGUGCUACCAGCUAUUACGAUGGAGAGCGAUGCCAUCGCCAAGGUCGAUAAGGCCCCAGAUCAUGGGAACUCUGGUAAGCUUUCUGAGAUCCCUACUAAGAUUGACUCUGGUGAGCUCUCUGGGACGGAAAAUCGCAACACUACAGACCUCGAAGCGCAAGAGGAGAAUUAUCCUAGUUAUGCUCUCGAAGCGCCACAAUGGCGGGCCGGGGAUUUCCUGAAAUCUGGAGCUUCUGAAGUUGUUCAAGGUUUCUCUGAGGAUGAAGCGUCCAAUUUGGAUGAAAUACAAGACUCGCAGGCCUAUCCUCACACAGAUGGAUUGGACUAUUGGAAUGGAAGCCAAUCAAUUCCUGAUGAACUCGAAGCCUUGGCGGAAUGGACUUAUACUGAAACCGCGACUGGCGAUAUCAAUUCCGUUGUCCACGGCGCCGACCUGCCAACUGGAAUUGCGAAUAUAUCUGUGCCCGCAAAUUCCUAUGAAGAGCAUUUCAAUCAUUUUUGUGAUGGUGAACUUCCUGGAAGUGAUGAUGAGAAUGAAAGCAGGGGUCUUCAAAUUCCUCUCUGUGCCUCAACGGUUUCGGCUGAAAUCAGUCAAAAGGACGGUUAUUCCAAGCACAACACAUCGGCUAAAUUACCUGUCAAGAAGGCGGCAGCGAGUGGCCAUCGAGCAACUCGGAAACGAUAUCACCAUCAAAAUCAGAGCAAUGUUCCAGAGAAGGACAUUAAUAUAUCUGAGCGAGAGAUGACCCGAUCUAAGGAGUUAGGAUUGCGCAGAUUAAUCGGAUACAACGAGCUCACAGCUUUGUUUUACCAGCCAAUCGAUGACUGCGGAAACAUCAGCUCUGUUUCAACCAUCGAGAAAAAGCCUCGCAAGGCAAUCAAGGAGGCGCCGCUGCAGAGACUGGAAUAUUUGCUUUCAAUCGGAUCGGCUAUCCAAGCUGCCCAGAAGCAUGCGAAUCAACCCGUAGUCCCCACCUCCGAGAGUCUGGACAAGGAAAAAGCCCUCAAAGAAAUCGCCAACAGGAUUAUUGAAAAAAAUCCCUCAUUCAACCCCCGGGACGUCAAGAAAGACAUUUCGAAUUUGCUUACGGCUUCGAGGAUGUUUCAACAUCCUCCAAAGAUGGACGGGGCAAGGGGAUGGACAAUGUACGGGAUGAAACGGAAUCUUUUGAACCACCAGCUUGAUGGAGCUGGAUGGAUGUGUGAUCGAGAAAAGGAAGGCACUGUCCCCCGCGGAGGAAUGCUGUGCGACAUGAUGGGACUUGGAAAGACGCAUACCACGCUCUCUUGUAUUCUUGAUGAUUCUCUCGGUAAUCUACCUGGGCAGAUGGCUCCUACUCUUGUCAUUAUUCCAGGAAGCGCCCGCGGUCACUGGCAUCGCCAAAUUUCCCUGGGCUUCAAUACCGGUGCACUGGGGUCCAUCUGGGAUUGGAAUGUUCGCAUGGCUCAGAUUUAUGUGAGCAACAUCAAUGGCUUCAAACAGCACGGCAUAGUACUGGCAACAUACGAUGACGUGCGGACUUCAUAUCCAUUAUCCCGAAUGCCAAAGUCUCUGCAGGCCAACGAAGAAAAAGCUGAAUGGUGGAGAAACAACUUUGAGAGCCAAUUGGGACUAAUGCACAAGAUCAAUUGGCACCGCAUCGUUCUGGACGAAGCGCAAGCAAUCCGAAACACGAGUGUGACUUCAGCAGCUGUUCGGGCCCUUACCGGAGAAAGGAAAUGGAUCUUGACGGGAACGCCUUUGUAUAACAGGAAGGAAGACUUGCAGCCAUAUUUCAGCUUUCUUGGGGUUCCGAACUGCGAACUCCAGAAGAGCUUCCAGGAUCAGUUCAGCAGGGGACAUGAAGGCAUAGCUAACCUUCAGAAAGUUCUCGAGCCGCUCUACCGCCGAAGAACAUUCGAAAGCACAUGCUUCUGUCUCCCAAUUGUUCGCAUGCCGAACGCCAAGGAAGAGCUGAUAGAGGUUGAAUUCUGCAAAGUUGAGAAAGUCAUUUAUGAUGAAAUCCUUAACAAGCAAGUUGAUAAGUUCAAUGGCAAGUCAAAGAUCUUUACACUUCCCGGUAGCAGUUCAUCCAAAACGAUGAUCUCCCCAGAGCAAACGACAUGCAUUCUUGAAACAAUCGUACACCUGCGCCAAGUCUCCAGUCACUUUCUUACUGCUUUCAAGGCGGUGAAGCCCCUGUUAGGCGCCAUCGAGUCCGCCUUGGAAGAUGAGGCUGCCGGGACAGGUGACGCAUCAGACCGUGAUUCGAAAGAGCUCUGGGGCUUUAUCGAGCUUCUCAAAGGCCGCUCUUCUUCUGACACGGCUUAUUUGGAAGAUUUGCCUUGGACAAAACUCGAGCGCAAGGUCUUCGAAGAUCGCAUCGCUCUGAAGCGUGCAAUCAGGGAACAGGCACGUCGCUUGGCUGUUGCAGAGCGCUGGGAUGAGUAUGACUCGAUUGUUGCUAAAGACCAGAAUGGCGCCGCCGGAUCGCGAAGAAAAGUCUGCAUGAAGUGUAGAGCAGAAAUUGCCGAUGCCGUUGAUUUCCAUCCCUUUGGAUCUUUGCUUGCAGGUACAGCGCCCCCAGCGUCAGAUCUAUGGCCCGGAAGGAAGCGAAAACGCGGUAGCACAGGUAGAAGCUCCAUGAACAAGGCCUCAAAGGGCAACCCAAUGUUCAACCGGAAUGAGAAAGAGAAUGAUUCUGAAGAUUCUGAAGAUCCAACUACUGAUGAUUGGAUCCCACUCAUCGAAGAAUACCAUCUUGGCGCUACCUGGCUAGGUUCAAAGAUGACCAAGGUCAGGGAUAUCAUUCGGAAGUGGCUUUUAGAGGAUAAAGAUACUAAGAUCGUUAUAUUCUCUCACUUUCUGACCUCUUUGCGCAUUCUCGAAUUGAUCUGUCAGGAGGAGAAGUGGAGGUACCAAAAGGCAUGUAUCCGAAAAGAUGCCAUAAUCGCAUUCGCUGGCGCUACUGGAGGAGCGUCCAUUGAUCUCACGGCUGCGAACAAAUGCAUCGUGCUAGAUGGAUGGUGGAACAUGGCACACGAUGAGCAGGCCUUCUGCCGGCUGCUACGCAUCGGACAAGAUCGUGAUGUGGAAGUUCUCAGAAUAAUCGCUGCCGGUACGCUCGAUGGUCAAGACUCCAUCGACAAACAAAUGCACGACAUGCAAAAAGCCAAGAUGAAUGAAAUUUUUAAAGUCAUGGGUGUAGCUGCAUUCAAGAAUGUGGGUGCAGCCAAGAGCUUUCUUCGCAAUAUGGGGCAUCUCAUCAAUGACAAGAGGGGCCAUAUCACACUGGUCCGGCGCGAUCGCCAAAGAUGGCGCGGUAGACCUGAGGGACCGCUUUACUGA